AGAAAAAAUGGAGCCCUAAUUUUGUCAAUUUCAGUCAUCACUCUCGCUACCCCUUUCUCCUCCAUCUCAGAUUCGAGCUUCAGCCAUCAUAAAUCCACCGCCCGCGACCGCCACCUUUUCACGAACCUCAACAGCGCGUUCCUCCUUGCGGCGGUGCGGGGGCUCUCCUGCCUCCAACAACGCGGCUGCGCGACUCCCUGUUUCUUCUGCGGCGGCGAGUUCUUACCCGUGGCGGCAUCGUCCUUGCUAGUGUCGAACCCUUUUGACAUCGAUUCACCUUUCAAUAAGGGUUAAUUGGUAACAGUGAAAUUUUGAGAUAAAAUGGGUGAGAGGAAGGUCCUCAACAAAUACUACCCGCCGGACUUUGAUCCUUCAAAGCUACCUAGGGUUCGUAGGCCCAAAAACCAGCAGAUUAAGGUCCGUAUGAUGCUUCCUAUGAGCAUCCGAUGCAAUACAUGUGGUAAUUAUAUAUACAAGGGCACCAAGUUUAAUUCUCGCAAGGAGGACGUCAUUGGCGAGACAUAUUUGGGAAUUCAAAUUUUUAGGUUUUACUUCAAGUGCACCAGAUGUUCUGCCGAGCUCACCAUUAAGACAGACCCUCAAAACUCAGAUUAUGUUGUAGAAUCAGGAGCCACCCGUAAUUUUGAACCAUGGCGUGAGGAGGAUGAAGCAUCAGAGAAGGAGAAACACAAAAGGAAUGCUGAAGAGAUGGGAGAUCCUAUGAAAUCUUUGGAGAAUAGAACCUUGGAUUCUAAACGCGAGAUGGACAUCCUUGCUGCUUUGGAUGAGAUGAAGUCUAUGAAGUCCAGACACGCAACUGUUAGUAUUGAUUCAAUGCUCAUGGCUUUGCAACAAACUGCUGCUGAAAAGGAAAAGAAGUUGGAAGAAGAGGAUGAGGCUUUGAUAAAAUCGAUAGUCUUCAAUAACUCCAAAGAUUACGUUAGAAGGAUUCCUGAUGAUGAAUUUGAUGACGGCAGUCAUUUUGUUACAAACAAUGACAAAACAUCUGGCACAAGUGCAAAGAAGCAAAAGGUUCUUGAAGAAUCUCCUCAUGAUCCUACCAGUACUUCGACAAAAGCUGUUAUUCUUAAUAGCCUCACGGAUGAAGGAAACGAUAGCAGUGUUGGCACAUCUGAUGAUGCUAGAUUUGUUUCCAAAUCUUUGUCAAUUAAGGUUUCCAUUAUUAAGAAACCAGAGUUGACAAACCCAGUGGAUAAUGAACAAACAGAGGAUAUGAACACUGGCCUUUUAUCCUUGUGCCAAAACUACGUAAGUGAUGAGGAUUGAUGUAUCUUUUUCAACUCUGUAUAUUAUACGUCGUGACUCGUGCCGUGCCUUGUUUUGUAUUACCAAAUUAUAUUCUUUGGUGAUGGUUAUAUUCCUCUCUGAAAAUCCUCUUUUUGUUUAAGCAUUUUCAUGUAUAAAGGUAUUUUUGUUUUCAUUAAAAGUCAAGUCUUGGUAUGCAAAGGCUUUGGUUUCCUUUA